AUGCAAGAAAUUCCUUGUGAUAAAUCGAGACAGUUUUUUAACUCAAGUUGGGGUAUUAUCACGGAUGGCCCUGCAGCAAAAAAUAAUAAAUUUAUUACUCUUAGCUUUCAAACUAUGGGAACUGAAUGUUCUUAUGAUUAUUUAUUCGUUUAUGAUGGAGACACAUUUAGCUCACCACUGUUAGGAAGUUUUAGUGGGAAAACAGAGCCUCAACAAAUAACUGCUAAAUCUGGUUUUAUGUUAAUACUAUUGUACAGUGAUGCUAAUUAUGUAUUGGAAGGGUUUCAAGCUGAAUUUUCAAUUACUGAGUGCGAAAGAAAUUGUACUAAUCAUGGUGUUUGUGAAAAUCAUACAUGCAAAUGUGAAAAUGGUUGGACUGGACAUGAUUGCAGUUUUGAGAUUUGUCCAGAUAAUUGUGGCUCAUCAUAUCAUAGAGGUAUAUGUAUCAAUACCAAAUGCCAAUGUUUUGAAGGAUACUCUGGCCAAACUUGUGGUUUAAACAAAAAUGAUUUAAUAGGAAACAGUUGGCAUUGGAUAUCGAAUUCUGACACAGGUCUUUCUCCUAGAGCAGCGCACUCAGCAGUUUAUGUUAAAGAAAGUGAUUCGUUUUAUAUUUUCGGAGGAUAUAACUUAAAUAGAGUUUUAGGAGAUCUCUGUAUUUAUAAUUUUAAUAAAAGCAGUUGGGAAAAUCAAUAUGGAAAUCUCUUGAAAACUCAACCUCUAUAUAAUAACUAUUAUGAAAAAAAUAAAAACGUAGAAGAUUUUUUGAACAAUGACUCUGGUGUAGCACAAAAUAAAAAAUUUAAUGAUCCAGUCGCAAAUUUAAUUUUCUCUGAUUCUUCUAAUUCCACAUAUAAUAAUGAAUUGCCAUUGCACAAUGCGUUAAGUAAUACCAGCAGCAGUGAAAGGGAUUUUCCUAGAAAAAUUGAACAAAAGUCAGAAAAUUUUUUUGAGUCAAACAAUAUGAAUUUUGAGGAGCAGUCAACUUCAAAAAAUAUAAAUGCUUUUCCUUCUCCUCGUUACGGUCAUGCAGCAAGCAAAUUCCCCGGGGGAUUUGUCAUAUAUGGAGGUAAAAUGUCAAAUGGUAACUUAUCGGAUGAAUUAUGGUUCUUUAAUGUUACAAAUAAACAUUGGUCUCUUCGCGCCAAAUUUUCAAACUUGCGACCGCCCAAACUUACUCGUCAUACUUUAACAUUUGUGGGAGAUGACACGUUAUAUUUAUUCGGCGGUAGCAUGACUGGCGGUGAAUUUUCUUCUGAAAUUUAUACAAUAAGGUUAAACUCAGAUCUAGAAAAGGAGCAAUGGAAUCAUAUUCGUCCUCGGGGUGCAAGAGAAUUUGAAUUAAGAUUGGUAGCUCACACAACUGUUUAUUACUCAAAAAUGCAUUCAUUGAUAGUUUACGGUGGCAUUAUGGCUGGUCUUGCUAGGUUGUCUAAGCUCAGUGAUAAAAUGUUUUUAUUCAAAAUAUCUAAUCAAUAUUGGUCUGAAAUACAUUAUCCUCGCGUACACCCUUCCAACUUGUACAUUCCUCGAGAAAGAGCUUUUCAUACUAGUGUAAUUCUAGGAAAUUAUUUUAUAGUUUACGGUGGCUAUUCCCACCGCCAUAAUAAAGAAGAAAUUUGCUAUGAUAAUAAAAUGUAUAUAUAUCAUUUGGGAUGCCAUACCUGGGUUAGCCGAGAUGUUUUAGGUUUAAAUAAUAAAACUUUUAAAAAUCAAGAACGAACGGGAGUAUUUGCUCAUGCAGCUGAUACUAGAAAUGGUAACACCCUUCUAUUAGUAGGUGGUUAUCACGGAAAUGUUAAUGGCGAUUUAUGGGCCUAUGUACUGCCACCAACACUAGCAAGUAGAGAAGGAGAAUUAUUUGAUCCCGAGUUAAUUUGUAGUCGUUAUCACACAUUACGUGAAUGUACCUCCAAUCCGGAUUGCGGUUGGUGUUCUGCUGAUGCAACUUGUUACGGUAGAACACUUGGAAUAAACUGUACAACUAAUUUGCAAACAACGAGUUGCCCAGGGCUCUGCCCUUCUCUUAGGAACUGCCAUUCUUGUCUUAUUCACGGAGAAACACCUACAGAUUACAAUAACGAAUAUUUUUCGGUUUCACAAAAGUUAAAAUUGGAAAAUUGUAUUUGGUGUGUUCAAAAUGCUCGUUGUCAUCAUAAAGACGAUAAUUAUGGAGUGUGUGGGGUUAGAGAGGACACUUCAUCACAAAUUCAUGGUUGGUGGGGAGCUCAAGGAACGGAAAUUACUUCUGUAGAUGAAUGUCGAAUAAAAAAUAAUCGUCCUGGACUAACCUAUAUGAGUUACAAAAAUCCUACAGAUUGGUCUCAACCAGAUUUUGUUACAAUUUUAAAUACAACUUCGGUGGAGUUUGAUUCGCACAUUAAAACAGCAAGAUCAGAUUUACAAAAUUCUAAAGAAACAUUAGUGGCUCGUUUUAGAGGUUUUUUAAGAAUUCCCAAUGAAUGGUCAAAUAUAACCGAAACAUUAAAAAUAUGUAUUAGUUAUUCCCACAGUGUAUUACGACUGAGUCCAAAUUAUCAUUAUGCAAACUUGGAAGUCGUUGGUAAUUUUUCUGCGGAAAGUGCAACAUGUAAAAUGGCUAUUUGGCCAUCGGGUUUGCCGGUAAUUUUGCACCCUGGUCGUUAUUUGAUUGAAUUCGAAUCUACAAAAUCAGUUAAUAUAAAGUCUAAUUUUUAUCACCAAUCAAAAAUGACUCUAAUGCAUAAUAGAACUGAAGAUAUAGCCGAAGUAUUUACUUUUGAAUAUUUAGAGCCUUACAACAAUGGUUCUUGUGAUUCCUAUUCAAACUGUUUACAGUGCUUAAGUGAUUCUCUUUGCGGUUGGUGUGAUAUAAGCGAAAAAUGUUUAAAUAAAAAUUUAAACAAUUUUCAGUACUGUAGUAAUGAAGAAAAUUAUUGGCGUUACCUCACAGAGCAGCCUUCGAGUUGUAGCAAUUGUUCAAAUUAUAUUUCUUGUGAAAUUUGUGCUUCAAAUGAUUAUUGUGAAUGGGGGGUUGAGGAAGCUAAAUGUUCAAAACGUGGAAGUGGGUCGAAUGCCAUUCAAAAUGUCGACCAGUGUCCCAUUCCUUGCCAUUUGAGAAGCAGUUGUAGUCAAUGCGUGGAAGAGAAAGGCAGAUGUGUCUGGUGCGAAUCUACAAAGGAGUGCUUUUCUUUUUCAAUAUACACAUCUGAAUACCAAUUCGGAUUGUGCCGCGAAUGGAUAGAUCAAAAUCAAUUUUUUUUGCUUCAGUCGCAAACAUCUUUAGUCAAGAAUGAUUUUGUUUUAGAAAGUCAACAGUGCAAAAAUUGCUCGAAGCAUUUAAAUUGCUCUGAUUGUUUAAAGUUUUUAUCCUGUGGUUGGUGCUAUGAGGAAGAAAAUCCAAUUUUAGGGGUUUGCGUAUUAGGAGAUUUUAAUAAGCCAAAAAAUGGCAAUUGUUCAGAGUCAAUUGAAAAAUUUUUUAAUAAAACACUUGUUUCAACCAAAAGUAAUUGGUCCUACGUUCAAUGUCCCGAUGUAAAUGAGUGCGAAUUGAAAUUAGACGAUUGUCAUCCAGAUGCCAUUUGUACAAAUACAUUUGGAGCGUACAUUUGUACUUGUAAAAAAGGAUUUUUUGGAGACGGUCGUCAUAAUUGUACCAAAACUUGCUUUAACGAUUGCAUUCACGGGACUUGCAGCAUGGAGCCUGAUUAUAAAUGCCUUUGCAACUUAGGAUGGACGGGAGAGGAUUGUAGUAUUGAUUGCGGAUGCAAUAAUCAUUCAACUUGUGACCAAAAAGUCGGCUUGUGUGAUCAUUGCCAACAUUGGACUGCCGGUGAAUUUUGUCAAUUUUGCAAAUUGGGAAGUUAUCGCAAUUCGUCAUUUCAGCAAACGUGUCAAAAAUGCGAAUGCAAUGAUCACGAAGAUACAAAAAGGGGUAUUUGUGAUUCGAAAACGGGAACUUGCUUUUGUAAAGACAAUACCGAAGGUGAUCAUUGCGAAAAAUGUAUAAAAGGUUUUUAUGGAAAUCCAAAAAAUGGUGGACUUUGUUACUCUCAGUGUAAGUCUCGAGGAUUGUUAAAUGUUGUUCGCUCCCAAGGGUUUGGAAGCUACAGGCCCGCUACAGAAUUAUGGGAAUCUAGACUCGAACAUAAAGCACCCAAAGAAUGUUUUUGGAUAUUAAAUUCAUCUUAUCCUGGAUUAUUACAAUUAACCGUGGAAGGAAAUAUUUCUGUUUCGUGUCAAGAUAAUAGUUUAUUUGUUUUUGAGGGUUUACCUAACUUAAUUUCUUCAAAUUAUCAAAACGUCGCUCUUGGUACAUUUUGUGAAAGAAAUGAUAAAUUACCACUAACUGUUGAAACAAAAUCAGGCGUUUUGACUGUUUUUUAUAAGCAAGGAAAAAAUUCCGAGGGCUUUAAUGCCACGUAUAAUAUUCUAUCAUGUCCAAAUAAUUGUCCAGCUCCUCACGUUUGCAUUGGUAAUGAUUGCGUUUGCCAAAAUGGUUGGGCAGGACCACAUUGCUUGCUACCAAUAUGUCACAAUAAUUGUUCAUUUCAUUUAAAACAGGGGAUUUGUGAUUAUGGGUAUGGACGUUGUAAUUGUCGUGCCGGCUAUGGUGGUUCCGAUUGCUCAGUUAAAAUUAAUAAUAAUCAAAUUAUUUUUACCGAGUUAUUUAAUUCUGAUAAGUUAUCAAACGAAUUUGAUCAUUUAAAAAAAAUAAUGCCCCGUUUUGGACACAGUUUGGUAACCGAUAGAAGAGGUUCUCUAUGGAUGUUCGGAGGUUAUUCUCUUUCACAUGGUCUCCUAAACGAUAUAAGAUUGUUCGAUACGAAAAAUAAUACUUGGAUACCAGUGACGGUGGAUUCAACAAGAGGCGUUUCUAUGCCACAAGGCAGGUAUUUUCACGCUGCUGAAAUAAUUAAUUUAAGAAGAGAAAUAUAUAUAUUCGGAGGAAUAGGAUCCGUUUUCGGUUCAGAAAAUCAAACUUUAAAUGAUUUUUGGAAAUUUAGUAUAAAACAUCAGAGGUGGUGUUACGUCAAAACAGAAAAUGUUCCGCCAUCUGUGGCUGGCCACACUUUAACUUUCAUGAAAGACGUGGAAACCGAAAAUUUAUUUUUAAUUGGAGGAUUUGGAACAAAUCAGGGUUUUUUGAAUAAAAUCUGGUAUUUUAGUUUGAAAACUGAAAAUUGGCAUUUUCUAAAUACUUCCGGCACAGUUCCACGAGGAAUAUUUGGUCACACCACUGUAUACCAUUCCAUAUCGGAGAGUUUUUAUAUUUACGGAGGCUAUUUAUUUUCUGAAUUUGAUAACAAAAGGAUUUAUUCAAAUCGUCUGUAUGCAUUUCACUACCCAACAUUAAAAUGGCAUCUUUUGCCGACUUUCGAAGAAUACACUCCGGCCAUUUUAAAUUUUCCCGAAGCACGUUUUUUACACUCAGCCAUCACGACAAAAGAUUACAUGUUAAUUUUCGGAGGUAAAACAUUUUCAAAAAAAUUUAAAAACGUUGAUUUAAUAUUAACUUAUUCGUACGAAUGCAAUCAAUGGAUUCGAUUAAUGUACCAAGGAGCACCAGUAGUUGGCCUUUUUCCACCAUUUACGUACGCCCAAGCCAUGACGUACGAUUUAGAAACUGAAGCAAUUUAUAUUGUCGGUGGUUUUGAUAAUGUAAUGCGCAGUGAUGUCACUCGAAUAAAUUUACCUCUCGAUUUGUGCAAUUUGUGGAAGGGAAAGGAUAAUUGCCGAUCAUUUUUAGGAUGUUCAUUUUGUUCUGUCGUCAGACCCGACAAAAGUCUAAGAAGUCAUUGUUAUUCCAGCACAAAAUCUUUGAAAGAAAGUUGCGGAUAUUAUAACGGUACUUUAAUUACAAAUAACGGUGUCGUAUGCGAUCAUAAAUGGUUUCAACGAAGAAAUUGUGAAAAUUUUAACACGUGUGCUCAAUGUAUGGCAAAAUGGCCAAUUUACAUAAAUGAAAAACCAAUCUGUAAGUGGUGCAAAAAUUGCUUGAAAGAAGGAUGCAUUUCAGUCAAUGAUACUUGCCAGGGAGAUACUAAAUGUGAAACUUUAGUUAACAUUGAACAAUGCGGUAAUUCUUCUUGUCUCUCUACGGAUUGCAUUAAACAACAAAAUAAUAAUUCCUUUGUUUCGGAUGAAAAAACAAGUUCAUUUUUUUAUCCUCAUUGUUCGAAAUUCACCAACUGCUCUUUGUGUCUGGCUCACGACUGCAGAUGGUCUACAACUUUAAAAAAUUGCAUCGAUCCAGAUUUUCAGCCUUUAUUUUGUGCCGGAGGCAUAUGCGGAUUAAUUCUCAAGCCGGAAAACUCGGAUCAAUGUCCAAAACCUUGUUCCAGCUAUAAUCAAUGUGCAACUUGUUUAAAAAAUUACCAUUGCGGUUGGUGCUCGGCAAAUAUCAGUAAUUAUUCUGGAGAGGGUCUUUGUACUGAAGGUACUAUAGACCACCUCUUGACGUACGACGGUAAUCAAAAUUGUCAAUUUUUACUAAACCGUAGUUUCGAAGGAGUUAAAUUAGAAUCCGUUAAAUGGAAUUUCGAUUCUUGUCCAGCAGAAAACGAAUGUCUAAAUGAUCAUCACACAUGUGAUUUAUUUUCUGAAGUUUGUAAGGACUUAGAUGAAGGGUUUCAAUGCGUGUGCGGUUCUGGAUAUGAAUUAUCACCCGAUGAAUGUAAACCGGUUUGCACUCAAGGUUGCGUACGAGGUAAAUGCGUCAAACCUGAUAAAUGCCUAUGUGAUUUUGGUUAUGUCGGUAUUAACUGCAGUAUUCAGUGUCUAUGUAACGGUCACUCAAAUUGUGAGGGACCCGAUAAGUUAAGCGAUUGCAAAAAAUGUCAUAACAAUACGAAGGGUGCCCAAUGUGAGCGUUGUAAACCUUUAUAUGUCGGAGAUCCAACAAAUAAUGGAAAAUGUGUUCCGUGCUUUGAAUAUUGCCAUCAGCACACGGAUGUGUGCGUUAAUGACUCCUGGAAGCAAUUAAUUGCCAACAAAUCUAUAAGUGAAUUAAAAUCCAUGUUGGAAGAAGGUCCAACGUCGAAUGCGUUGUGCGUUCGUUGCGCAAAUCAAACAAGCGGAAGAAAAUGUGAAACGUGCAUGGAAGGAUAUUUUAGAGGAACUGAUGAUUUAAAUCAGCAUUGUCGACCAUGUGAAUGUCACGGACACGGAGAUAAAUGCGAUCCCAUAACAGGAGAAAAAUGUAAUUGUGCAAAUAACACUGAAAGCGAAUGCCAAAGUAGUGCAAGUAAAAAUUCCAAUCAGCAAUGCUGGAUGCUUCAAUGUUCCAAAUGUAAAGAUACCUAUUCGGGAACUCCAACAAUGGGCCAUCAGUGCUAUAAACAAAUGACUUUGGAUCAUAAAUUUUGUUUAAAUUCUAAAUUACUCGAAGAAUGCAAAAUCAAACCGAAACCUUUGUAUCCCGGUCAAUCCGUGUUUUUUCAAGUACAACCACGUUAUGUGAAUGUGGACAUACGUCUUUAUAUUGAUAUUGUUCAAGGGAAUUUGGAUCUUUAUCUCAGUUUAAGGGAUGAUUCGAUAGUUGUCAUAUCCAAUACAACAAACGGACAUAAUUUUGUGGAAUGGGAUCCUAAAUAUAAAAAGAAAUCCAGUUGGGCCGCAGAAAAUUUCGAUACUCGAACCAUAACGGUUAAUUCGUCGGAAAAGAAAAUUCGAUCGAGCGGAAAUUGGACUCUUUUAAAUUCGACGACGGAAAUGUACCUGGGUUUGGAUGUAGACGCGGAUGGAUUAACCACGUAUAUAACAUUCAGUAGAAAGUAUAGUUUUCUCCACGUGAAAAAUGUUAAAAAUCGUCUCGUUUUGAUUUUACCAAAAGAUAAGUUCGAUUUAAUCAGUACCAGGUUUUACGUAGGUUUGACCUCUUGCUCCCGUAGAAAUAUUCCAACGUAUGGCAUAAUGUUUUUCCGACAGGAUCAACUUCACAUCGAUUUAUUCGUUUUCUUUUCCGUUUUUUUCUCGUGUUUUUUCCUUUUUUUGGCUCUCUGCGUCAUAGGUUGGAAAGCUAAACAAGCGGCGGAUUUACGUCGAGCUCACAGGAGACAAGUUGUCGAAAUGAUUCAGUUAGCCAAGAGACCGUUUGCGAAAAUCGUCGUUUAUUUAGAAGAUAAAAUCCCGACGAAAAAUUUGCGAGGGAUGCAAUCGAAGUCUCCCGUUUUCGUUAAAAAAAUAAACAAAGAUGGCGGUUUUUCGGAGGAUGUGCGACCCGUCGCCGUGGAACCCACAUCCGACGGUGCUGCAGCUGUUGCCACAUUUAUAGUUAAAUUACCGGGAGGACCUGAAAAUCCCGUUCAAUUAGGUUUAGCUUCUUCUCUGAUAACUUUUUAUCGAAAUUAUAAUAAUGCAAACAAUAGAGGGUUUCUACGAAGGAGAAGUAGUCGUCAUUGCUCAACGUAG